AUAGACUCGGCUAUUAAGAGCAAUGGCGUGGACUGUAACGCAAGGAACAAACAACUUAACCACCGGAAAGGCAGAUGAUAGUGAGAGUUCACAAACAGCAUUAGCGGUUGUCGUGUGCACCUUCGCCACGCUAGGACUUGCUUUGAACUUUCUACUGAAUCCACUCAUGCUGUUGGUCUUGCAUCGCGUCACCAGCAUUCAGCCCACGACCAAAAUCUUCAUGGUGUCCCUGACCGCGUCUGACCUAGGCUCGGGGUUGGUCUGGCUUCUCGAAUUACCGGAGCUGUUCCUGGGAGCCUGGCCGUUGGGAGGGUUUCUCUGCGCCGCGACCGGCGUGAUGAUGUUCACGACCCGCGCGAUGGGCGUGUUUUCACUUCUCUUGCUAACCGUGAACCGCUACAUCGCGGUUUCCCGUCCACUCCGGUACCCCACCCUGAUGACUGUGUUUAGGUCAAAGGUCAUCGUCUGCUCCACCUGGGCCGCCGUAACUGCGAUCUGCAUUACUGUCUACGGGAUCUACCACCCGAAGUACAUCCUCGAGAGUGGCCCCCUCAAGUUAUGCAUUUGGGAAAGUGACUGGAGGCAGUAUGUAUCCAUCGUUACUAUGCUGUCUGUUUUAUUGGUCGUGUCGUUCCUAUAUGUGCAUAUUUUAAUGAUAGCACGUCGGCACGCCCGGCGCAUUGCCACCGACAACCAAGUCGGUAAUGGGCAGGCGAUGGGGCAAAUCCCACAAAACGUCAGCACACGGUCAACCACGACUGUCGUCAUCAUCACUGGUACACUGAUGGUAUCCUGGUUACCCACAGUCAUCAUCUUGUCGACACUGAUCCCCGAAACAGAUUUUGCGGGUUACCGGAUUUUCCUAUUGGUAAACCUGACGGACGAUUUUCUCCUAGCCAACACGUGGCUAAACGUUAUCAUCUACUACCUGCGCAACCGCGAUUUACGCCAGACAAUUCAUCUCAUAUUGUCUGCCUGGCUAAGCCAUUUGUGCCGGGGACCACGGCCGUAGAAAUAGGCUUGGAGAACAAUAUUUUAGUUUAUUUUUCAGUCAAUGAAGAAAUGUAAUAUCAGCAUUUAGAUAUAAUAUUCAUACAAAUAAAUGUGUUGUCCAUAAUUGAAAUUAUGUGGACAUGGACAGCUCCAAUUUCAAAGAAGAUGUUAGUCAUUUUAGAUUACAGUUCAAGUUAAUAAGAAACUGAAGUUCCUGUGAAUUCGGGCGAUUCGCAAUGCAGUGUGCUACCAAGAAUUUUCCAUGGAGAGUCCAUUUUUCAAGUUUACGGUCGACAAAACAUGGCCCAUUUGAAUGAGUGUCAGUAGACAACUUCAGCUAGAUUGGGGCGUAGCGUUCUGUCGCCUUACACAAAUCACCAUAUUGAUAAAGAGAAAAGAA